UAUGUUUAAGGUCUCACUGAGCGCGUGUGUUUUUUGUGCUAAACGCUUCGUUUUGAGAAUUAAGUCCAGUAAUCAGCAUAAAUUAGCAUGUCCAAGCGUCGAAUUGAAGUAGGGGAGACCUACGGCAGCAAGGCGAAGAAGGAGACAGAGGCGUCCUCCUCGUCGGCGGCAGCCGCUGCCGGCACAGUGGCCCAGAUCCUGGGCGGAUUUGUGCCCAACAAGCAGCCGCCCACGAUGAACCCACUGACCAACACGCCGUAUUCGCAACGAUACCAAAAUCUCUACAAGAAGCGCAUUGCGCUGCCCGUAUUUGAGUACCAGGCGGACUUCAUGCGGCUGCUCAGCCAGCACCAAUGCAUUGUGCUGGUGGGCGAGACAGGCUCCGGCAAGACGACCCAGAUCCCGCAGUGGUGUGUGGACUUCGCAGUGUCCAAGGGGCGCAAAGGCGUUUCCUGCACCCAGCCACGUCGAGUUGCCGCCAUGUCCGUAGCCCAGCGCGUUUCGGAGGAGAUGGACGUUAAACUGGGCGAAGAGGUCGGGUACUCCAUUCGUUUCGAGGACUGCUCCACGGCCAAGACGCUGCUCAAGUACAUGACCGACGGUAUGUUGUUGCGUGAGGCCAUGUCUGACCCUAUGUUGGAGCAGUACCAGGUCAUCCUGCUCGACGAGGCUCACGAGCGGACCCUGGCCACGGACAUUCUCAUGGGCGUGCUCAAGGAGGUCAUCCGUCAGCGUAACGACCUUAAGCUGGUGGUCAUGUCCGCCACACUGGACGCCGGCAAGUUCCAGCAGUAUUUUGACAACGCACCGCUCAUGAAUGUGCCCGGUCGCACACAUCCCGUGGAGAUCUUUUACACUCCCGAACCAGAAAGGGAUUACCUAGAGGCUGCCAUUCGCACGGUCAUUCAGAUACACAUGUGUGAGGAAAUCGAGGGUGAUAUCCUUAUGUUUCUCACGGGACAGGAAGAGAUUGAGGAGGCGUGCAAGCGCAUCAAGCGCGAGAUCGACAAUUUGGGCUCUGAAAUUGGAGAGCUAAAAUGCAUUCCCUUGUACUCCACGUUGCCGCCCAAUUUGCAACAGCGCAUCUUUGAGGCGGCCCCACCGCCAAAUGCCAAUGGCGCGAUUGGACGCAAGGUGGUGGUGUCCACCAACAUCGCCGAAACCUCGCUGACCAUUGACGGAGUGGUGUUCGUGAUCGAUCCAGGCUUCGCCAAGCAAAAAGUGUACAAUCCCCGCAUUCGAGUGGAGAGUCUUCUCGUCUCCCCCAUUUCGAAAGCGUCUGCACAGCAGAGAGCCGGUCGUGCUGGACGUACGCGUCCUGGAAAGUGUUUCCGUCUGUACACGGAAAAGGCGUUUAAGAACGAAAUGCAGGACAACACCUACCCAGAAAUCCUGCGCUCCAAUUUGGGCACUGUGGUUCUGCAGCUCAAGAAGUUGGGAAUCGACGACCUUGUUCAUUUUGAUUUCAUGGACCCCCCUGCUCCAGAGACCUUGAUGCGUGCCCUGGAGCUGCUCAACUAUCUGGCCGCCCUGGAUGAUGACGGCAAUCUUACGGACCUGGGCGCCGUUAUGUCCGAGUUUCCCUUGGAUCCGCAGCUGGCCAAGAUGCUGAUCGCCAGCUGCCAACAUAACUGCUCUAAUGAAAUACUUUCCAUAACGGCCAUGUUGUCGGUUCCACAAUGCUUCGUUCGUCCCAACGAGGCUAAGAAAGCUGCCGAUGAGGCCAAGAUGCGAUUCGCCCAUAUUGACGGAGACCACCUGACCUUGCUGAAUGUCUAUCACGCCUUUAAGCAGAGCAGUGAGGAUCCAAAUUGGUGCUAUGAGAACUUCAUAAACUUCCGAUCGCUAAAGAGUGCAGAUAACGUGCGCCAGCAGCUGGCUAGGAUCAUGGACCGCUUCAAUUUGCGGCGCACGAGCACCGAAUUCACCUCGAAGGAUUACUACGUAAACAUACGCAAGGCCCUCGUGCAGGGCUUUUUCAUGCAGGUGGCCCACCUGGAGCGCACUGGUUACUAUCUGACUAUCAAAGACAACCAGAACGUGCAGCUGCAUCCGUCGACGUGUCUCGACCACAAGCCCGAUUGGGUCAUCUACAAUGAGUUUGUUCUGACCACAAAGAACUACAUUCGCACUGUGACAGAUGUGAAACCUGAAUGGUUGUUCAGCCUGGCGCCUCAAUAUUAUGACUUGAAUAACUUCCCUCAGUGCGAGGCAAAACGACAGCUGGAGUUGCUACAGCAGCGGAUGGAGACCAAGCAAUACCAGAAGGGUUUUUAAGUCCCCAGAGUAUGGCUAGUUGUAAUAUGAAGAAGGGAUCAUGGAUAUGAGUGUGUGAAUUUAAGCAAGUUCUAAGAAAAAUAACCCUUUUGCUUUUUAUUGUUUGCUAACCUAAUUCAAGCACAUAGACACUUUAAGAGAGCAUGAUAUCCAAGAACUCCGUUUAGUUAAUAGUGUUAAUAAAAAAAAGCCACUUUUUGUAUAUCUAAAAA